UCCAUUAGGAAAGCAUUCUUACAAAAUAAUUUCGGAAGUAUUCUUAGGCGCUUUCAAAAAUAUUAAUCUGAAGUUUUAACAAAAUCGCCGAACUUUUGAAACAAUUACAAUGAAAGCCUACGUGUGUGUGAUUGCAUUGAUUGCCCUGCUGGCUCCCACUCAAGCCACAUUUGACAAGCUGGGUUUAUUGGCUGGAGGCUCACUGGGUUAUGGGAAUGGCUAUAAUGGUGGCUAUGGCGGAGGAUAUGGCAGUGGUUAUGGUGGAGGAUAUGGUGGCGGGUAUGGAGGAGGAUACGGUAGCGGCUAUGGAGGAGGAUACGGUGGCGGUUAUGGAGGAGGUUAUGGCGGCGGAUAUGGCAGUAACGUGAAAGUUAUCAAAGUCACUGUGGUUCCCAGCGGUGGCGGCUAUGGCGGUGGCUAUGGUGGAGGUUAUGGCGGUGGCUAUGGCGGUAGCUACGGUGGUGGCUACGGUGGUGGCUACGGUGUAACCCCCAUUGCCACUGUUGCUACUCCAGUCAUAACUGCCGUCUCAACACCUGUUGUUUCUGGAUAUGGAGGCUCCUAUGGCGCAGGCUCUUACGGAUACGGUUAUGGCAGCAAUGUUAUUCCUUCUUAUGGAGGUGGUGUAGGUUUAGGUUACGGAGCAGCUGCUGACUGCUUCUAAUACUGGAACAAGUACCAUGUUACUCCUUGUUUUGCAACACAUUCUAAUGAAAGGUUUGCUAAUUGUUAACAGUAUUAUUUAAAUAAAAUUGUUUUACUCGAAACUUUA